AUGCACUUCACAGGCUCCUCCUUGUCUCCUUGCUUUGACUUUCCCGCCUCCUGCAAGCUGUCAUCCCCGGUUGGCAUUUGCGUGUUGGUGUAGCACUUGCACAGGAAGAAAACCUCACUUCAUCUCCCAGGAGGGAUCCAGGGUGUUAUGGGAACUGAGCACUCAAAGAACGAGCGGCGAAGCAGCAUGGUUUUUCUGAGGAAAGGUCCAAAGUUGCCUGCGUGGGAAGAUGCUCUUCUCUCAGGGAAAGAGCCUAAGUCACUGCUGAAACGGGGGUUGCGUUAUGUCAGCUUGAGCCUCAUAAUGAAAGGGAUGACCAGCACGCCUGACUUCUUGUGGGGACUGCCCGAGGUGCAGAAACUGAACCUUUCACGCAACCAGCUGGUGGUGAUUCCUCCUUCGCUGGGGAAACUGGACAGGCUGGUAGUGCUGAACUUGGGUGGCAACUGCCUGAAGUGUCUGCCUAAAGAGAUUGGGCUGCUGAGGAACCUGAAGGUCUUGUUCGUCAAUAUGAACUGCCUGACAGAGGUGCCAGCAGAGCUCAGCUUGUGCAGGAAGCUGGAGGUUUUGAGCCUCUCGCACAACUGCAUCUCACAACUGCCUUUGAGCUUCACGGACCUGACAAGUUUGAGAAAACUGAACCUCAGCAACAACCACUUUGUGCAAAUUCCCCUCUGCAUUUACGCACUGAGGAACUUGGACUUCUUGCACCUAGGGUCCAACAGGCUUGAAAGCAUCGCAGAGAGUGUCCAGUAUCUGGUCAAUCUGCAAAUCUUUAUCAUAGAGAAUAACAACAUACGCAGCCUGCCACGGUCCCUCUGCUUCCUCACCACUCUGGAGUUACUAAACGUCGAUUACAACGCCAUACAGACUCUCCCAGAUGACCUCUACCUGCUGCGCCGGCUGCAACGCAUCGCGUGGAACCCCAUGGACAAGGGCCUCCACAUCGCCCACAACCCCUUGUCCCGGCCCCUGCCCGAGGUCGUCGAGGGGGGGCUGGAUGUCCUCUUUAACUACCUCAGGGAGAAAAAGGAGCACAACUGA